AUGUUAAAGAGGGCUUUUACUCUUCCAAAAUUAUUGAGUUUGUCAAAACCCAGGUGUUUUCCAAACACGGAAUACUGCCCUAAAUACUACUCGCAAAACGCCAGCCUUAACACAUCUCUGGACAUGGCUAAUCGCAAAUUGGAAGAAGAUAUAGGUGAUCCUCCCGAAGAGCUAGCCUUUGAAGAGAAGUUUCACGGAGGACGAGGCAGAGGAAAGGGGGGACGAGGGGGGAAAUCAUAUGGGGGUCCUCAAAACAAAGAGAUGCAGAUUUCUAAAGCUCUGUCGAAGCUUUUGAGACAUGCAGCAGCAGAUGCUGGUCUGAAGCUAGACAACGAGGGCUUUGGGAGGCUAGACCAAGUUAUGAAAUGGCCCCGCCUAGCAUCUCUCAAAAUCACGUUCGCCGAUAUUCAAGAUGUUGUCUCAGACAACGAAAAGCAACGUUUCUCAAUGAAGCCCAAUCCUGCCCUGGAAUCCACACCAGAUCCCAAAUCGGAAGACCCAUCAGACUGGGUCAUCCGCGCCAAUCAAGGCCAUAGCAUCGCCAUCGAAUCCGCAGCUCUGCUCGUACCCAUCACUCUAGAAGCUGGCAACGUCCCGGAGAUAGUAGUACAUGGAACGUAUUUCGCUUUUUACCAAGCUAUUAUUGAGAGUGGUGGUCUGAAGAAAAUGAGCCGGAAUCAUAUUCAUAUGAGUACUGGACUACCGGAAGAUAAGCAGGGUGUCAUUAGUGGGAUGAGAAAGGAUGCCGAGGUACUGAUCUAUGUGGAUAUUCAGGAAAGUUUGAAGGAUGGGGGUGUUUUGUGGUGGAUCAGUGAUAAUGGAGUAGUAUUGACAGAGGGAGAUGAGAAAGGGGUUCUGAGCACUAAAUACUUCAAGAAAGUGGUGGGAAGGAAGUUAGAUGUCGGUACUUUGUGGGAGGAUGGGGAGAAGGUUGCUGAGUUGCCAGAGAGUGCGAGGAAAACGAGACCACCUCAGGGAAAGGGUGCUGCUAGUGGAGCUGGCCGAGGUAAUCGCCAGCAGGGGAAGAAAUGA